UAUCAGCGCCUUUUGGUGCACAGAUGCUCUGCCUACCAUAAACUAGCGCUAGAGACCGACCCCAUAUCGAGGGCGAUUAGCGUCGUUACUACACUGGGUAGUAGAAUUCCCACCCGUCGCAUAGCGUCUCUCGUUCCUGCCCGGCUUUCCACCCAGUCAACUAUCACGAUUGUGCGUCGAUCAAUUACCGAUCGUGGCCAGUCAAAGCCAUACCUACAGGCUGGCUCGAAAGAUCCCGAGCUUUCCGAUGUAAAGCCUCCCGAAUACAAUUCUUCUGGCAGUAGUGACUCAGCACUCAGGGAUGACCUGACGAUCAAUCGAGUCACUCGUUCGAGGAACAUACACAAAAGUGAUGGAGAUUUCGCGGCUACCUACACAGAAGAAGAAAGCGAGAGCUUCAAUCCACACGGCGGCCCCAGUGCGUCCGUUGGGUUCACAUCGCUGAAUCCGUCUUUCUCGAGUUCAGUGCUACAGGCCUGCGCGGAACCCGCACUGAACCUUCACUGGC